AAUUAUUUAACUUUCAUUGUGGGCACCGUUAUUUAUAUAAGUAAAUAGGCUAGAUUAAUUUGAAAUAUUUACAAUCACAUCAGUUUUUUCUCGCCAUAGCAAUAUGAGCAAGAAAGGUGAAAAAGAGUCCGCAGAAGAAAAGAAACCUAUCAUUAUAAAAAAUGCUACGGAUCUUCAAAGAUUAAAACUAGAAAAAUUAAUGAAAAAUCCAGAUAAGCCGGUGGUAAUACCAGAAGGACCAAAACAAAAGUCUUUGCCUCCUCCACCAGACUUUGUUAGGAACGUUAUGGGAUCUAGUGCUGGGGCAGGCUCUGGAGAAUUCCAUGUUUAUAGACAUCUUAGAAGAAAGGAAUAUGCUAGACAAAAAUUUAUACAAGAAAAAAGUGAAAAGGAAAAGCUUGAUGAAGAAUAUCAAAGAAAAAUAGAAGAAAAUAAAAGAAUUGCUGAAGAAAAAACAGCCAAGAAAAGAGCCAAAAGGUUAAAAAAGAAACAAAAGGCAAGAUUAAAAGCAAAAAAACCAAAAGUCAUUGAUAAUUCCAAGUCCAAUGAAUCUUCACAGUCCAACACCAGUGAUGAUUCUGACGAGGAAGUAACAAAACAUAGUGAUAACAAUUUUACUACAAACGACAAUAACUAAUCAUUAUUAAUUACAAAAUUUAAUUUAUAUUAUAAGUUAAACAUUAAAUAAAAAUAUUUUAGUUGAUA